ACGACAUGACGCGCAGUGCGUCAUACGCGUAUUUUAAUACACGUAUUGUUGAUAACUAGCGUGAUAAAAAAAUGGCGUCUACAUGGAAAAUACAUUUAACGAUGGUUUAUUUGAUCGUCUUGUGUAUCCUGGCUAAUACCCAAUCGAAACAAAUAACCACGGAGACUAUCGUGUUAAAUGUGACAGCGGUUAGUGAAAAGAACCAGACAAAGUACAGUGUACAGAUUAAUUUGAAUAUAGGUUUCUUGGACAAUGAAACAUUUAUUAAUGGAGCUCCUCUCAAGUCUACAGGAGUCACGAGGAUGACAUGUCCUGCAUUGUUGUUGGAUGGUUAUAACGUGAGCUCUGAUAAUCCGGCGGAUGGGUUAGUCAGCAGUGAGCUGAGGCUGAUGGUGAAUCAAUCAUAUGUUCAGAACGAUGCUGGAGAGCAGGUUCUGUUACUCCUCCUGAGUCAGGAGAUUAUCCAGUUGGCGGAUGAAAAGGUCCAGCAGCCAGACGUGUGUGAGGUGGAGAUCAGGUUGAACCAGAGCUCUGAGAAGAUCACACAGGUCAUCAAUAUUUACCCUUUAUCAAGCAGCAAGCUCUCCAUUAUUCCACGAGAGAAUGACGUCUUGGUUACUGAUGCGUCCAUACAUAAUACAGUUGAAGACCAAGUGCGUAACACCACUAGCCACUAUCUACUCAAACAUGCAGAGACCACCCAAGAGGAGAUUGCAGCUCCAGGGAAACUUCCUGAAACUCCCUUGCGGAUGGACCCUGAAACCCUGUACGAGUCCAGAGAGGAAGAGGAAAGGACUUCCGAUUCAGUGCUGCUUGGGGUUCCUCUAAGGGGGUCCAUAUCCUCUUACAGUGUGGCGUGUCAGUGGGUUGAAGAGCUGAGGGAUAAACUGAGGCGCUUCUGGUCUGAUUCAGUCCCGCUCUUCUUCUUGAUCAUGUGGGUGGUGGUGGUUGGCGUUGCAGGCUCAGCUGUCAUCAUUAAGAUCCUGGAUCUUCUGUUCCCCUCCUGUGAACACAGAGGGUUCUUUCAUCUGAAUCCAGAGACUCUGAUGCCAGAUGAUGAAAAGCAGAGGCUAAUAGAUAACAUGGAUGAAGAAAUGCCAGAAAAAAGCAUUUUGAUAGAAAAGUGAUGGACGUGUUCUCAUCGGUUUGGCUAUGUGGCUUUAUUUGGUCGACAAUACCAAUGACUUCAGUGUAGCACUUUAAAAGAAAAGAAAAACUCCCAACAUUUCCUAAUGAAGCAACAGAUUUCUAUUUUCACAUCUGCAUCUGUGUGAAAGCAUUAUCAGCUUUUUGUAUUCUUCACUACGUUGUGCUUGGGGGAAAAAGUGUGAGGUGGAAUGGUAAAGGUGCACACUUUUAAAUAAGCACAGUACCUAAAAUGUACCAGGUUUUCCCCCAUUAAACUGGAUGUUGUAUGGUAAUAUUAUGAAUUACUUUUUGCCUGAAAAUUGGAAAUGACAAGAAGGGGUUAAGGGUAUUGGGGGGAAAAAAUAAUCCAUCAAGGUUAAUGUAAUUAACCAUCAAAAUAACUUCAGAACAACUCUCCAUAUUAUUUAAAUGGACUUUUUUAUUAUUAUUAUUAUUAUUUCUUACUGUUUGGCUGUUUUUAUAGGCCUGUAUAAACUGUUGCUUAAUGUAGUUUAAUGUAAUAUUCAUGUUGCUUGAGAUAUUGUGGAUACAUUAAGCAUUAAUACCAGCAAUGCAUUUCAGCUUUGACCUGCACUGGACGAAUUAUAUGAAGAUAAGUUUUGGCUUGUGCAGUUGGUCAAAGUAUUCCUUAUGAGAAACAACUUUUCAGGCAUUUUAAGCAUUUCAACUGGACAUGUACAUUUCGUUGUAGCCUUGUCAUUGGCUGUUAAUGAAAUCUGUAAUUUGUGUCAUUCUGAAGCAUGUAACGACUUGUUUUCUUCACAGUUUGAAUAAAUUCUUCACAAAUUAA